AAAACCAAUCCGAUCAAUGGAUUUGAGGGCGACGGUGCAGCUCGCUUCAAGGAGAUAAAAGAGGAAGCAGAAAAAAUGAAGAUAGCCGAGAGAAUCGACUAUCUGCGAAAGGUAAACCUGUCUCGUGUUGCAGAAUUAGAGUACAUGCGAGACUACGAGCUGAAGGAGUUCUCUGCCAACACAAAGCACCUCACGCGGCUGCUAGACCUGCUGCCCAUGCUGAACCACCAAAGGUGCUUCUACUCUGGAAAACACAUCGAGGGCAGUCGUCGUAGGAAAAAACGAUUCAUCAACAACUCCACAGCCUCCGGCGAAUCUUAUAAUAACGAAAUUAUUAGUUCGAGUUAUACUACGGUCUCUUAG